UCCAAACGGCUAAAUUUCGGUUCAAUUUCGUUAAAAUGUCACUUUUCGUACUAUUUCUUCUUGUCACUUUUCAAAAUAUUUUAGCUGUUGAAGACUGGUGUCUCAUCGACCCAAUUGCCAGCGAUUACGACACUCCGAUAGUCUUAACAUCUGAUUGGAAACAACGACCUCAAGUUUCGUUUUACGACAGACGCAUUUUUUUCCAAAAAGGUGAAUCUUUCUACAUAGUAUGUGAACAAAGUAGUUUCAAAGGCUGGGACAUUGGAAAAGAGUACGAAAAGGUCACUUGUGUUGGUGACUCAAUUAUUAUAAGUGAAACGUCGAAAAAGAGCCUAGAUUUUAACACAAUUACCUGUUUGCCGGGCGUAAAAGGUGUUAUUUUUAACAAUGUUGGUGGUAAAUGUGAGAAAAACUACAAUUUGCGAGUCACUGGACUUGUGGUCCAUGAUAAAAUGUUCCCAGCAUAUAGUGUGUGUUGGGAACAAAGCCAAUCGGUGCCACUUUAUGCCAAAUUUAGGACUAAUAAAGGGAGAAUUGAUAACGCACUGAAGAAAAAUCCUAAUUUUAGUGAAAAUUUUGAAGUGGGUAAUCAUAGACAAGCAGUGGAAGCUUUGGGUGUUGUUAAUUUUAUCACUGAUAAGGUGUAUCUAAUCGAUGGGCGUUUAGCUACGCAAGAGGACUUGUUCUACCCUUACGAAAAAGACAAAGUUUCCGAUUUGGUAAAUGUCCGUUUGAGGUGGAACACAAUCGAGAAUGGCAACUGGAAAAUUAUCCAAAACUCCAUUCGCAAAUUCAUUAGCAACUCCACUAAACUUGGCGAAGUUACCGUACUCACCGGAGGACUAAGAGUGGCCACUUUGCCAAACAAAGAAGGGGUUUUAGUCAAUUUGAAGUUGCACAACGGCAAAAAUCCGGUUCCACUGUGGAACUGGAGGUUGCUUCAUUCGCACAAAGCCGGAGUUGGAGUUAUUUUCUUCGUUUAUAAUAAUCCCUACGUUUCGAAACCAGUGGUUAAUGAGGAAUUUAACAACACUAUUUGCAGGAAAAAUGUUCUUGAGCAGAUCGAAUGGGUGAAUACGCAAAUUGAUAAUACAAGUCCUUUCGCUGGAUUUACGUAUGCGUGUCCUCUAAAAUUAACGAAAAUUAUUGAUAAGACAAUGAGCGAAAUUGUCAAGAAUUUGUUAACCCCAUUGGGGCUUCCCAAAAAAGGGCAAUAAUGAAAAAGUCUAAUAAAGAAUUGUUUCUG